AAAUUCAUCGCUCCAACUGUCCCACUUUUUCUCUUCUUUCUUUCUCUCUCUAAAUAAACACACACACACACACAACCUCUUUUCUUUGACUCUCUCUCUCUCUCAAGUCUGAACCAAUCUCCCCCUUUCACCUUCUUCCGAUGAUGGCUUUCCAUCGCCGUAAACUCCUCUAUGAAUCCGUCCCCACCUUCUGCCAGUCCUUCUGCCCCGAGCAACAGACCGACUGUCCACCGACCUGCUCCAAAUACUGCCCAGACUCCUGCAAAUCAUCAAUUUCCUUCCAAUUCCCGCCGCCGCCGCCUCCUCCUCCAACCUCCGCCGCCGUCGAUCCAGCCGGAGCCUCCACCGGCGGCCUCUCCCACGCCCUCACCAUCUCCCUCGCCGUCCUCGCCACCGCCUUCUUCCUCUUCACCUGCUACACCAUCUACAAAUUCUACACCCUCUGGAGAGCCUCCCGCCGCCGCCGGAUGCUGCGCCAAUCGCAGCGCCGCGAUUUCGGUGAAGAAGAAGGCGAUGGCGAUUUUGUCGAUGGAGACGUCGUUGACCACCCGAUCUGGUACAUCCGGACGGUCGGGCUGCAGCCGUCGGUGAUUAAUUCGAUCACGAUCGUCAAGUACAAGAGCGGCGACGGGAUCGUGGAGGGGACCGACUGCGCCGUGUGCCUCAGCGAAUUCGAGGAGGAUGAGACGGUGAGGCUGCUCCCGAAGUGCAGCCACGCCUUCCACAUCCCCUGCAUCGAUACGUGGCUGGCUUCUCACACCAAUUGCCCCCUGUGUCGGGCUGGGAUCGUCGCUGCUGCUUCCGGCGGCGCGAUUCAGCUGCAGGAGGAGCCGAUCGGCGUUGAUUCGAGGCGGAGUGAGGAAGGAUCGGAGGGGCUAGGGUUAGGGUUUGGUGAAAUUGAAGGGGAUGGGGCGGUUAGGUCUCAAAUUGGGGUCGAAUUUGAGGGAAAUGUGGAAGGCGAUUGCAAAAUUGACGUGGAAUUGGAUGCGGCGGCGGUGCAGCCGGUUAGGAGAUCGGUGUCGAUGGAUGCCUUGUCGGCGUCGGCGAUCAGCGCUGCGGUGGCGAAUGCUUUUCCGCGGCAGUGUGAUAAGAGCUCCGGCGAUCAGUUGGGGAAGUUUGAGAGCCCUUCGAUUGAGAGGUGUGCGCAGACGGGGUCGUCUUCGAUCAAGAGGUCGGCUUCGUGCAGCGCCAAGGUGUUUCUUUCGAGACACAGCAGCCGGAGAUGAGGAAUUUGGACUUGUACGGAUCCAGGAAAUGGAACUCGUGCGGAUGGAAAACGUACGUUUUUUGCUGACUAAGCGUAUUUUUAUUCUUUUCGUAGCGAUCUGAAUCAUGCGAUUGAGGUUGAUCAUACCUCGCUGAAUAAGAAUGUCAUCGACUAGCUAGCGGAUCCGAGAAACGGAACUUGUGUGGAUAGAACUCGUCGGCUGAAGAAUGCCGUAGUUGAUUAGCUAGCGUUGUCUAGGAUGAAGCGUUUUUUUUUCGUUUUCGUAGUGGUAGGAUUUAGGAAACUGCAGUUGAUCGCACCCCGCUCAAUAAUAAGGUCGUCGACUAGCUAGCGGAUCCAGGAAAUGGGACUCGUUCGCUGAAGAAGGCCGUAGUUUACCAGCUACCCUUGUGUACGAUGAAGCGUUGUUGUUUCUUUUCGGAGUGAUCUGAAGCAUGAAAUUGCGGUUGAUCGUACGCUUCUGAAUAAAAAGGUCGUCGACUAGCUAGUGUCGUCUGCCGCCCAAAUGGCUGAGGAAGUGUUUUUCUUUUCGUAGUUGUCUGAAUCAUGAAGUUAGCCCCUUAAAUCGCCCCACAAAAAAGAUUGGGGCGCAGUGGUCGGAGGCCGAUUUAUGGAGUUUUUCGACGGUACUUGUGAACUGGCGGUUGGAUCAUAGAAUGUAAAUCAAAUAUACAAAUGUAAUUAACAGUUUUGGAUUUGUUUGGUCAUAAAAUGGAUGACAUCGUUUGUUUA